AAGAAUAAACGAAAAUUCUCCAUAUCUUCUUCCGAUAUUUUACAAUAUGAUAUAAUGAAAUGUUGCUGAACAUAUGUACACAUAUUAUCUUUCUAUUAAAGGAGUAAAACCUUAUUUUAGGAUAAAUCGAAAAGAAAAAUAAAACUAAAUAAAAUGAGAUGGAUGGAUUAUAUAUGGGAAAUAAAAGACAAAUAAGAGAUUCUUUAAUUUAAAAAAAAAAAAAGACAAAUAAGAGAUCGAGGACACCACAGGGCACAGGGCGGGUAAAACGUCCAUUUUAUUGACCCAAGAAGGUUACCUUCUUCCAAAACAAGCAAAGAGAGAAAUGAUAUACUAUUCGUCUAUUCGGUACACUAAUUACCCAGUUAUUUAUAGUAUUUGACCAUUAUUUGAGAAAACCGUUGACCCAAAACAUAUUACUACCGGAGAAUAUAAUGUAGAGUAUAUGAUUUUGAUCACCAGCACUCGUAAAACUUGAUAUCGACGCGAAGCCGGAAAUAAACCGACCCUUCGAAUGCGUCGGUCAUGAUGGUGGCGACGCCGCGGUGCAUGAAGAAGUCGCCGGUGCCGCCGACCACCGAAAUUUCCCUCGCCUUGACCAAAAUUGGGUCAACGCCGACAAAGCUGAUCGUCCCUUGAUAUAAGCCGGUAUGAUUCAGCGCGAAAGAAAAAGCCAGCCAAGACGUGAAAGUAUUCUUAGUAUCGUAUAUGUACAUCCCUUGCGCCCUUCCCACCGGCGGGGAGUGGAAGUUGUUGUCCAGAGUGAUCGGGUCGUCGAAGACGACGACGUCGCCGAAGUGGAACUGGUCGGCGAGGAUGGUUCGGUUCGCGCCCUCGGGCGCCCCGACGAUGGCCGACGUGGCGUUGGCGGCGUUUUGGCCGUUGUAGAUUACGUCGUGGAAGAAGAGCACGAGCUCCUUGCAUGGCUUGUAUGGCCUUUUAGGCGCCAUUGCAUGGAUGGAAGAAAUUGUGAGUGAGAAGAGAAUGAUAAGGAGACAUAGUGUUGUGAGAGGGUUGGGAUUUUUUGGUUGCUUCAUUUUCUUUGUUAUGUGCUAGACAAAACAAGAGGAUAAUUAGUGGUAUAGUACUAUAGUCUAUGAAUUGUUUUGAUUCAGCAUUAUCCUUUUAUAGGAGUGUGGAGCAGAAAGGUUGAUAAUGGAAGCCAGUGGAGUAACU